GGAGGGUGAGGAGGGGGAAUAAUAAAACUCCCCAUACAGAAUCACUCCAGUUUCCUGCGUAUCGCGCCGUUUACAGUGGAGCCGCUUGCCUAGGACAGCAGUGGAUGUGUCCGCUGCUUGCUCAUGCUGGAAGUAGAAAACGCACGCCGCUGUCACACAAACUGAGCGCGUGUGUCGCUUUCCUCGUGAAUUACACCUGAACCCGGGCACGUAACCGGGUUCCUGGGCGUGGAAAGCCGAAGAAAGCAGCUUGCCUACUUGUUUGCCGUGGGAAUAUUGUGAAACUAAACUUCCACAGAGACUGCAGUCGCUGCGCAGCGGAGUCAGCGGCGGUUCUUCUCGUCUCCGUGCUGCCUCGCGUCAAGAAUGUUUUGUUUUUUGCCCAGUUUCCUCACGUAAGGAUGUGAAUUUGGCAACUUUGACUUUUUAUUCACGUUUGUGGGAAAUAUCGUGAAGAGAGAAACCACGGCUGUACAGUGAGAGGGAUCUCAGCGGCGAAUCCAGAGGAGAGCGGAGCGAGGCGUCAUCGAGCCUGAACACUGAACAGGAGAGCAGAGUGAGGCUGUUCAUGUCAUCAGAGUCCAGCCAGGCCUGAACACUGAACUGACAUAAUGGAGUGGUGGUGGGCGUGGCGGUGGGCCCUGGUCACCUUGGCAACCAUUUACCUCAGCCCUUCCCAUGGUGACGACGGCCCCACCCCUGUUUUGGAGUUCAUCUCCGACACUCUGAUCAACAACGUGGUCGCUGACCCCCAUACAGGCCGGCUAUACGUGGGCGCCGUUAAUGCCCUGUACCAGCUGGACUCACAGCUCCGUGUUGAGUCCCGCACUGAGACGGGACCCAAGCGGGACAACCGGCUGUGCACACCGCCGGUCACCGCAGCCUGCGAGGAGGCCGUGGACACGGACAACUACAACAAGCUGUUGCUGGUCCAUGGAGCCAAGGACACCCUGGUGGUCUGCGGCAGCGUCUUCAGAGGGAUCUGCUCGCUGAGGAACCUGAGCAACAUAGAGCAGCUGCUCUAUUUCAGUGACACCAAAGGGGAGAAGUCGUAUGUGGCCAGUGCUGAGGAGAGUGUCUCCGUGGUAGGGGUGAUGUCCUACUUCACCUCCAGGGAGGGAGAUAACUUCACAGUGUUUCUGGUUGGCAAGGGAUAUGGCAGCCACGACAGCACCAAGCUGAUCUCCACCCGCAUCCUCCAGGACUAUGGUGACUGGGUGGUUUUCGAUAGCAUUAUUGAGGCCUCCGCCGUCCAGGCCAAUCCCUUCGUGCUGCGGUACCUCCACGACUUCCGCUUUGCCUUCAAAGACAACAAAUUUGUCUACUUCCUGUUCUCACGGACACUGGGAAUGCAAGACACAAAGAACUUCACCUUCAUCUCCAGGAUGUGCGAGGAUGAUCAGAGUUAUUAUUCCUACACCGAACUGCAGCUCAACUGUAGCGCCACAAACAAGUACAACAAAGCUCAGGCUGCCUAUGUAGCAGCACCAGGCGAAGCUCUAGCAAGGAACAUGACUGAGUCAGGUCAAUACGGGACAGUCACCACCUCGGACAAGGUCCUGUUUGUUACCUUCACUUCUGAUGAAGACCCAUCCACAUCAGCCCUGUGUAUGUAUCCUUUGCACUCCAUUAACAAAAGGCUUGUGGAGAUCAUAGGAGCCUGCUACAGCGACAACGGCAUCAUCAAUGGGAAGUCUGCUGUCUAUUCGCCUUACUCCUCCAAGUCUGAAGAACUCUGUACCAACAACAAUCGGAAAUCCAUCGUGACUCAAUACACGUGUGGAGCCGAGUUCCUGCCCUCCCCGUUGGCCAGCAAGGCCGAGUUCGCUCUGGCCACUGAGCCCUCACUGGUCCGCAAGGGUCAUGUGACCAGUGUGUCUGUGGCCGUGGAAACAGAGCACGCUGUGGCUUUCCUGGGCACAGCCACCGGAGAGGUGCUGAAAGUACAUCUGUCAGCUCACCCAGAGGUGUACGGAAGAGCGCCGGGCGACGUAACAGGAGACAGGGUCAACAAGAACCUGCUGUUUGAUUCCAGCCUGCAGUACCUGUACAUCACCUCCGAGAAAAAGAUCACCAAGGUUCCUGUCCAGGCCUGCCACCUGAAGACUGACUGCCACUCCUGUGUCUCUAUGAAAGACCCUUACUGUGGUUGGUGUGUCCUGGAGGGACGGUGUACCAAGAAGUGGGAGUGCGACAGGUCGACUGAGGACAACACCUGGCUAUGGUCACCCAAUCAGCAGUGUGUUCAGAUCGAGGCCUUCAGCCCCCCCAACCUCAGCUGCAAGAAGACACAGCAGGUUGAAAUCAGCGUCCCCGCCCUCCCCAGCCUGAGGCCGUCCGACAGCCUGGUCUGUGUCUUCGGCACCUUCCGCAGCCAGGCCGUGACGAUGCAUGACACCCAGGUGAUCUGUGCCCUGCCCGACCCUGUGGAUAUCCCGCCCACUCCCGACGAGCAGGAUUAUGUGUCAGUCCCAGUCGAGGUGCUGGUGAAUGAUGACAUCAAGGUGACAUCUGGAGAAUAUCACUUCUACAACUGUGCUGCUGCUGUUAGGAAGAACCAGAACACACCGUGUAUAGCAUGCGUGACCAGUGACUGGGGCUGUCAGUGGAAUGCGCAAGAGUACAGCUGCAGUGACAGCAAUGAUGCUGUAGAGGGCGCUCACAUAGUCAAACCACAACAGGCUGCUAGCUGUCCCCAGUUUGAGUCUCCAGAGCCCGUGUUGAUCCCUGUGGGCCACCGGAUUCCCAUCAGCUUCCAGGGGAAGAACCUGGACAUCUACAUGGGUCGGAGGUUUACCAUCGGGACCGAGCUGAUGAAGUACACAGAGGAGGAGGUGACCCAGGGCCAGGGGUCAGAGUUCAACUUCAGAGGUUAUGAGUUUGCCUACGACAAGCAACAGGAGGUGAACGUAUCUUUCCAUAUCAAAGACAGAGACACUGAGAGAAAGAUUGACAGCACCCUGACAGUGGUGCUGUAUAACUGCUCCACGGGGAGGGAAGACUGUAGCCUGUGUAAGCAUGCCGAUGCCAAGUACCAGUGUGUGUGGUGUGCCGUCACACACACCUGUGUUUACCGGAAGCUUUGCCCAUCACCGGAGCCAGCGCAGUGCCCCAACCCCACCAUUACUGAUAUCAUCCCUCGCUUUGGCCCCCUGAACGGCCGAAUCUCAGUGACCAUCAAAGGCUCCAACCUGGGAAUAAAGAGGGAGGAUGUUAAGAAGAUCACAGUGGCUGGAGUGGACUGUGUUCACCAGGAGGACAGAUACUCAGUCUCCACAAGCGUGGUGUGUGAGAUCGGUCCAGCAAGGCGAGUGCCCCCCUUUGACCUCCCAUUUGACUCGAACCGUGGAGCAGUCGAAGUGGAAGUCGAGGGCGGGCGGAGAGGGAGAUCUGAAGUCAUCUUUACUUAUAGGGACCCUAAACCUAGGAGCAUCCAGCCAGUGAAGGGUCCAGCAGCCGGAGGAACGGUCAUCACCAUCGAUGGAGAAGACUUGGACACUGCCACUAAAGAUGACGUGGCUGUCAUGGUGGGGGAUGUGCCCUGUCAAGUCCUGUCAUUUGGCAGUCAGAUUACCUGUAUGACGGGCCGAUACCGCGGGCAGAAGGUUCCCUCUGAGCUGUUGACGGUAACUGUGAAAUAUGGAAAAAACACCACCAAGGACAUCUCUGCCGCAUACCAGUAUUCUGACAACCCCAAGAUCAUCGAGUAUAACCCCAAGGCCAGCUUCUUGUGUGGUGGUCGGAAGAUCGUGGUGGUGGGGAGUGGUUUUGACCUUAUCCAGAGAGCCUCGAUGAGAGUACUACCCUCUGCAGACGAGUUUUCUCAGGCCACCUCUCCUGUCGAGUUCGUCCAGGAGGUUUUCAGUAAGAACGACACCGUGCUCCAGUUCAACUCCCCGGCGGUGAACUGCUGCGCCGACACUCAGCUGUUCAGGACUUUUCUCCAGCUGGACAACGUGCAGGAGGAGCUCAAGGGCUUUGACUAUCACCCCGACCCCACCUUCAACAAGCUGUCUAAGAACGUCAUCACCGAGACCAGCAUCAUUAUUGUGACGGGUCGUGGUUUCUCCAAGGCCAUGACUGCCAAAGAGGCCGAGGCAUUUGUUGGAGAUGCCUUGUGUCAUGUUAACAUACUGCAGGAUGAUAAACUGUUCCUGGAGGCCCCCUCCUCCCAGCCCAGAGCCAAGUCUAAACGCCAGCGCAGAGACACCACCAAUGACCUCCUGGACCUCGUGAUAAAGUUUGGUAAUGGACAGUGGAAGGUCGGUUCAGUCUACUAUGCCAGGAAAGAUGAAGUUCCCUUGGCUAUAAUCAUCCCUGGAGUUAUUGUGCCCAUGCUGCUCUUCAUAGCCAUAUCUGUGUACUGUUACAGGAGGAAGAGUCAGCAGGCAGAGAGGGAGUACGAGAAGGUAAAACACCAAUUGGAGAAUCUGGAGGAGAGCGUCCGAGAUCGCUGCAAGAAAGAGUUCACUGACUUGAUGAUUGAGAUGGGUGACCACACAAGUGACCUGAGUGAAGGCCGCAUCCCUUUCCUGGACUAUAAAACCUACACCGACCGCAACUUCUUCCUGCCCUCCAAGGACGGUGCCAAUGAUGUCAUGAUCACAGGGAAACUAAAAAUCCCAGAGGGCCGCAGAGCCAUCGUGGCCCAGGCCCUCAACCAGUUCUCCAAUCUGCUCAACAGCAAGACCUUUCUGAUCAAUUUCAUCCGUACGUUGGAGAGUCGUCCUGACUUCAACGCUCGAGCUCGGGGUUAUUUUGCAUCCCUGCUGACGGUGGCUCUGCACGGUAAACUGGAGUACUACACAGACAUCAUGAGAACCCUGCUGCUGGAGCUGAUGGACGAACAUGUCCAGAACAAAAACCCCAAACUCAUGCUGAGGAGGUCGGAGACGGUGGUGGAGAGGAUGCUAUGUAAUUGGAUGUCCAUCUGUCUCUAUCAGUUCCUCCGGGACACAGCAGGAGAGCCUUUAUACAAGCUGUACAAGGCCUUAAAGCACCAGGUGGAGAAGGGGCCAGUGGAUGCCAAGAUGAAGAAAGCCAAAUACACACUCAAUGAUACGGGGCUGCUGGGGGAUGAUGUGGAGUACAGUGUGCUUACUUUGCAGGUUUUGGUACAUGGGGAAGGACCAGAUGUGACUCCUGUCAAGGUGCUCAACUGUGACACCAUUUCCCAGGUCAAAGAGAAGAUCAUUGAUCAGGUGUACAGGAAUCUGCCUUACUCCCAGAGGCCAAAGGUGGACAGUGUUGCACUUGAGUGGCGGCCUGGUUCCACAGGGCAGAUUCUGUCAGACCUUGACCUGACCUCCCAGAAGGAAGGACGCUGGAAGAGACUCAACACCUUGGCUCAUUAUAAUGUUCGGGACAAUGCCACGUUGGUUCUGUCCAGAGUGCUCCACACACAGCAGUCAUUCCACCAGAACCAAGACAGCCAUGAAGAGAAAAACGCCCUGCUGGAGGACGACAACACCUUCCACCUGGUGCGCCCGGCGGACGAGAUCGAUGAAGUCAAGUCAAAGAGAGGAAGCAUGAAGGACAAGGCAAUGACCAAAGCUAUCACCGAGAUCUACCUGACCAGGCUGCUGUCUGUCAAGGGCACGCUGCAGCAGUUUGUGGACGAUUUCUUCAGGAGCGUGUUAUGCUCCAGUGCAGUCGUCCCUCCUGCUGUCAAAUACUUCUUUGACUUCCUGGAUGAACAGGCACUGAGACACGACAAUGUAGAAGAAGAGACUCUACACAUCUGGAAAACUAACAGCUUGCCCCUGCGCUUCUGGGUCAACAUCCUGAGGAACCCUCACUUCAUCUUCGACGUGCACGUGACGGAGGUGGUGGACGCUUCGCUGCACGUCAUCGCCCAGACCUUCAUGGACGCCUGCACCAAGACCGAGCACAAACUCAGCAGAGAGUCUCCCAGUAACAAGCUGCUCUAUGCAAAGGAGAUUUCCACAUACAAGAAGAUGGUGGAUGAUUAUUACAAGGGCAUCAGACAGAUGGUUCCAGUCAGCGACCAGGACAUGAACACACACCUUGCUGAGGUGUCCAGGCAACACACAGACAAGCUGAACACCCAGGUGGCCUUACAUCAGCUCUAUCAGUACGCCAGCAAGUACUACGAUGGGAUCAUCCAGUCCUUGGACGACGACCCGGCAGCCCAGAGUAAACAGCUCACCCUCCGGCUCCAACAGAUUGCUGCUGCGCUGGAGCACAAAGUCACUGACCUCUGACCUCUGACCACAAGACACGUGGAGGGGGGAGGAGCUGAUGGCUAUGCGCGAUGUAGUUUUCCAUAUAAGGACUCGAAAGAGGAGGAGGUCUAGGGCUCCACGGACUGAAAAGGAAGGGGCUGGGGACGUCACACGAAACUGUUGUCCACAUAAGGACCAAAGCGGGAGGGACUACGGGACUCCGUAUUGUUGACCACAUGGAACAGAGUAAAUGAAGUGAAGCCCACGGUGAUGUCGCAGUGGUGUAGUGGUGGUAAAUGUACCGAUGCUGCUGCAGUCAUAUAGCAAACCUCCGCUGAAGCCAUUUGGCAUCCCUAAACACGUAGUGAGGAGGGAUGCAAAAUGGCUGUAGAUUGGAGCUCUAAAAUGAAAGGUCUUUCUUCCAAUUAGGCUCAGUAUACUGAUAUGUAUUGAAUGGCCCCUGCUACACCACUGUUAUCCACAAGACUUGAUGUUUCUAAGGACUGAAGGGGGAGAUUCCAUGGAGCCCUACAGGAUGUUGAUGGUCAAAUAACAAAUGAAGAUUGAAAGUUUUUGGACAAUUUGAAGUAAUUAAGUGAAGUAAGACAUUGCCAAAUAUUUCCUUUUUACCAGUCAGCCCUACUGGACAUUUGGAUUUUAUGGACAAUGACUCUAGAAAGGAUUUGGAUCAGAAAGUCCUCUGGAGACUUGGACAUGAAGACUGCGAGCUAACCACUUUUUUUUGCUCUCCUAUAUAGGGCUAAGGCAAAGUGUUUGAACUCUGGACGGGAGGUGAAUUAGCCUCUAAACGCUGAUCUGUGGACAGUUUCCACACUAAUGGUCAACAGGAAAUUGAAUACCAAGUCAGCAACAGAGAACUGCUUCAUCCUAAAGCCUGGAAUUGUAAGGAUGAGCUGUGACUUUUACUUUAAUCGAGCUGACAGAUUAAUAAUAAUUGACCAAUGAAAACCCAGUGCGGUACACACCACUGGCCAAUCAGGGGUCUUGGUUCUGAAGGCACAACUGAGGAGAGUGAAAUCAGGGUACGAUGAGAGUUUUGUCCAAAAAAAAUAACGUUAACAUGGACUUUCCUUUUUCAUGGCCAAAUAUUUUUCCGUAUCAGAUUCGCCGCAGUAUGUGUUUCUACGCUGAUGACAUUGUGUUGAUAACUGAAAUCACAAAUAAUCAGCUGAAUAAUUUUUUCUCUGUGUAGUCUGAAGUUGAGUUUUAGUAUUAUCCUUUGUAUGGAAAAUAUUCUGGUGCAGGCUUUAAGCAGAGGCUUUGCAUUCACAUACACAGUAUGAAAUUAAUCUUUUUAACGGACUGACAGAUCACCCACUCAGUUUAUUUUUGUGAUUUUUUUUUUCUUUUAUAAAGUGUUCAGAGGUUUAGCAGGGUGGUCCAUGAUGUGGUAUCCUGUGUGUGUGUGUGUGCGCGUGUGUGUGUGUAUUCGUGUGUGUGAGAAUCUUCAUGUGAUGUCAGAUCCGUUGUUUAUACUUCCUGUGUAAAACCAUGACUGCCUAAUCAUGCUGUCUAAAUAGCCAAAUGUAAAGUAUUUUGAUUUUAAUUGUAAUUUUUAUAAUUUGCUGUCUUGAUUCCUUUUGUAAUUUUGCCACUCCCUUAAUGCAGUGUCAUUUUUUUAAGGGUUUUUCUAUUUUUCUCUGUAUAAUUUUAUGAUCUUGGAGGAAGUGGUCUGAGAGUCCCUCAAAGACAUGGUGUCCAUGGAUCCUUACAGUCAAAAAAGUUUGAAUGGGCCAAAUUUAAUGCCUUGAAAUAUGAUUACAAUGUCUUAAAUCCACUUAUCAGAGCUCUUAUUUUUUUCUUUAUGUAAUGACAAGUUUCUUUACGCUGUGAUUAAUAUAUAACAAAGUUAGUCGUACAGUCUGCAACUUAUCUGCUUUACUACAUGUCUCUUACUUUUCUGAUGUCCUUUUUCUCAUGCGGCCCAUAUAUUGUACACAUUCACAGCUUUGAUUUGCCGUGUUCGCUCACAAAUAUUUUAACUGGUCUUGAGUUCAGUCCCAAGUAGCCUUAAAGCGUCUUGAAUUUUGGCUUUGUGAAACCUGCAAAUAUCCUACAGAGCCAUUGCACUAACAUCAGCCAUCAUAAGCAAUACUGUUUUGGACAAAGUUAAAGAUGGAUCCUAACCAAAGGGGCUGCCCUUGUCAGUAAAAAAAUAAAAUCCUCCUUGGAUGCCCACAAUGUAACGCCCGCUGUAAAUCUCCCUGUGGUCAGACUUUAUCAGUGCCAUUACUAUUUCACUGAAACCUUGUAUUUCUCAAGUCAGUGAAGAAUACAUUUCUCAGCUAUAAAUUACAGAGAAAAAUUGAAAAAAAAUUAUGUUAUGGUUGUUUUGGACAUAAAUGAUGAGCAGUUGUAUUUCCAACCA